AUGGAUGGUGCCCAUCUGAAGGGAAUAUACAAAGUCACCAUAUUGCAUGCAAUUGCCAUGGACGGAAACAAUCAGAUAUUGCCUAUUGGGUAUGGAAUUUGCCCAAAAGAGACAACGGAUUCUUGGACAUGGUUCCUUGAAAAACUAAAUGAAUGCAUUGGUGAUUUGGAAGGUCUGACAUUGUUAACGGAUAAGGCUACAUCAAUUGCUAAGCUUGUAAGAGCUUACAAGACCAUUGAGUUUGAACAGUAUUGGGGGAGACUUUAUACUCUUAGACCAGAUGUAGCGGUGUACCUUAGUCAAAUUCCAUGUGAUAUAUGGACUAGAUCCCAUUUCCCUACCAUGAUGUACGAUUAUUUGACCCAAACAGCAUAG